CCUUUUUCAUCCUUUUUUUAAUCGCCAUUAGGUAUUCUUCAACCUUCAGUCUCUAACCUCUGCCACUCUUCUCGCCCACCACUCACUUACACUUGCGCUGCACGCGUACACCCGCACGCCUACACUUACACGGACCUAGAACAUACACAUUAUCUAUAUCGGGUCUAUCGGGCAGCAUCGUCUCGCGCGGGUAGACACAUCACGUCCACCCACCCGCCAACAACGACCUGCACCCACAUGCAUGCGCGCCGACGGUAGGAGCGGCAACAGGAACAACGGCACCGACAAUGGAUGAUGCAAAGGGACUCGCCCUGGCCAUCGAGGAGGCCAGGAUCGGGUACGCGGAGGGCGGCAUCCCGAUCGGCGCGGCGCUCGUCGCCGCCGACGGGAGCGUCCUCGGCCGCGGACACAACAUGAGGGUGCAGAAGGGCGACCCGAUCCUCCACGGCGAGAUGUCGUGCCUCCAGAACGCGGGCCGCCUGCCGGCGUCCGCGUACCGCGGCAGCACCAUGUACACGACGCUGUCGCCCUGCGACAUGUGCACCGGCGCCUGCAUCCUCUACGGCGUGGCGCGCGUCGUGAUCGGCGAGAACCGCACGUUCCGCGGCGGCGAGGCGUACCUGGCGCGCCGCGGCGUCGAGGUGGUGGUCGCCGACGAGCCCGCCUGCCGCGAGCUGAUGGCCCGCUUCAUCGCCGAGCAGCCCGACCUGUGGAACGAGGAUAUCGGCGUCGAGGAGAGGGUGUACUCCCGCGAGAACGAGGAGGGCGCUGAGACGGGCGCGGGGAAGGGGCCUGGACAGGCAUGAGAGGGGGAGUUGCGGGCAUACUGUGUCUCAUGGCCGCCGGUCCAAGCCGCGCAGGUUGAAAAGCGCGAAUGGCAUAUGUACAGGGAUACUAGGUAGUCCGCCUACGGCUUCGCAAAAUCGUCGCCGACCGGCGUGGGCGAGGGUAGCGCGCGCACGGCCUCUUCCGGUUCUGGCAGGUCGAGAAGCGAGGCGGUGAAUGCGUGGGUAGUAC